AUACAAACGUGUAUUAUAGCCACGAUAUAGCUGCCCACCGCAACCAGCGGAGAACAAAAGGUGAUAAAACGAAGAAUUCCCGUUCUUUCUUAUCUGCUUUCGUUGAAGAGAGAUGGAAGUAUCUGGGGAAUCGAAGUCGACGCCGGCGACAAUAAACCUGAAACCAAUAGAAGCGACGCCGGAAAGCUUUCAAGAAUUCGGUCAAGUCAUAGAGCCAUCCGCAGAUGGCGAAGAGUUCGGUCCUCAAGAUGCCCAGUUGGACCUUAGCCAAGGAAUUCCUAGGUUUUAUAUUAUGCAUCUCGAAAACCGUCCGCUUAAGUUCUCGACGAUUACUCAUCACGCCAGUGUCACCCAAUGCCUUGGAUCCAUUGGAGGCCAUUUUUGGUAUCUGGGUGUAGCCAAGCCAUCGAUUUUCGGUUCAGAGAAACCAGAAGGGGGAGUUGAGCUUGUGAAGUCACGUUGUGGGCAUUUCUAUGCGCCUCCUGCUCCGGAUGAAGUGCGGGUUUUUAGGUUCUCUGGGCCUAAAUUCGUUAAACUUCAUCUUGGAACUUGGCAUGCGGGGCCUCUGUUUAAGGGGGACUCCAUGGAUUUCUACAAUCUGGAGUUGAGCAAUACCAAUGUAGUGGACCACACAACACAUAACUUCAAGAAUCGAGAUGGAGUGGUAUUUUCAGUAGAGGAGUAAUUGUGCAUGUUCUCUCAAGUUCUUUGUACAAAUAUGAUGCAUUGCUUAUAUGGAUGGAUUAUGUAUUACAAUCAAGGAAAUGUGUGUUCAUACUGUCUCAUUCUCCAUUUAUGUCUAAUACCCUUUGUAGCUUCUCAUCUACGAUUAGAUUGUCCGGGAAAAGUGAAUAAUACUUGGCGAAAUGCAUUGAAAAUUUGUUGGAC